AUGUCGACUGCAAUGCUUUCUCAACCCACAGUUGUCUCCAUGCCCCCGUCACUCGCUAGCCCUACUUCUCCCACCAAAAAGCGCCGCCGCAGAGCUCCAGCCACUGGUGCUGCAGAGGAUUGCUUCACCUGCAGGGCAAACGGUAUCAAAUGUGAUCGCCGUCGGCCUUACUGCGGUCCAUGCCUCGAAGUUGGGAAUGAUUGCAGAGGUUACAGAACUCAACUCACUUGGGGAGUUGGCGUUGCCAGUCGUGGGAAGCUUCGAGGACUGCAUUUGCCUAUUGUGAACCUUGCUGUUGACAGCAAGAACACUCAAAAGAUUGUCAAGAAGAAGUCUGAGGACAAAUCCACAAAUGGAAGCGGUGCAAAGCCAAAGAAGUCCAAGGCCCCCGAGAGCAAUCCACAUGAUUACGAUAGUCAGCGUAAUACUGGUGUGGGCAAAUUAAGCAUUAUCACCAGUUACGACUUCGUCAAUAUGGAGGUUCCAUCAAGUUCUAGCUCCAGAGCCAGUUCUGCUCUUUCUGCCAGCACUGCUGGGACAAGUCCAGCUCUGUCCGCAAUCUCCCAGUCUAGCAUCCCGUCUCAGAGAUUAAGCCAAGCACGGAAAUCGCCUAAUCCUUCCUCGUACUCCCCAUAUUCUUCAAAUCCUCAGCAGCAGUAUCACUCGCAUAUUUCACCCCAACAGCAGCAGUACCAGGCACCAAUUCAGCACUAUCACAAGUCACCAUAUUCGCAUGUAUCACUUCCUCCACACCAAACAACUCCAUCGCUACUUUUAUCUCCCAUGUCCGAAUAUGAACCUAGUUUCCCCUCUUCGCAGCACUACCCCAUGUCUUCUGCACCAACAACUGCUCCUUUGUAUGACAUGGUCACUGGUGUUUCAAGCUCUACUUACCACCCCACAAGUUCAAUGACUGUCACUUCAUCUGGCGUUUCUUAUGCCCCUAUGACUGCACCAAUCAUGCAAACAUCUUCCCGAAUGAUGGAUAGUGAUCAUAUACACCAAAAUCAUAACCAACACCCCCAUCACAGCGGAUCGUGGAAUGGAGUCAGCGGGAUGGGCAAUCUUCAUCAACAACAUGUACAAGCGGGAACAGGUAACCUGUCAGACUUGUUGUACGAUGAUGAUAUGCUUGUUACUCGUGGCCCUGAAUUUUCUUAUAACGCAUCUUCAUUCCAAACUUCGAAUUCCCCAACUCCAACCAACCAGUCUUUUUCAAUUUCUAUUUCCCCUAUGUCGGUGCAAUUUCCUCCUCCUGAGUUGGCGAAUAUUUCUCCAAAACUUCAUUUCCUCAUCGAAUAUUAUGAUAAAACAGUCUGUGCCGCAAUGGUUGCCUUUGACGGUCCUGGUAAUCCAUAUAGACAACAAAUACUUCCAAUGGCAUUCAAGAACGAAGCUCUUAUGGAGGCAAUUUAUGCCCUUUCUACCAGUCAUUUGGAUUCAAAAAAGAAAGGCGCACUCUCACUCGAAAGAAGAACCAGCACAGAUUCUCCGAAAAGCGUUUCUCCCAUGCACUCUCAUUCGCCUUCGUCUCCUGUCUCUCCAGGCCAUCAAUCAUUUCCUGAUUCUCAUCAGGGACUACAUUUACUGUCUGCCGUUGCUCCAGUGGUAAAGGAGAAGUCUGCCACUGCACUCAGUCAUAAGAACAACUCCAUUCAUCUUCUCAAUGCACAACUUACUAUUCCUGAACUUGCGAAGUCAGACUCGGCGAUGGCCACUCUAUUGAUCUUGUUGUUUUAUCACAUCAGUGAGACAGGUGUCGGGCAGUUUAAGACACAUCUUGCGGGAGUUAAAAAACUGAUGGGAAUGAGAUGUGUUGGAAAGGAGACGGGAAUCUGGGGCUGGAUGGAAACUGUGUUUACUUGGCUUGACAACAUGAGCGCUUCAAUCAACAACAGAGAGGCGCAAUUAAGAGGCGGAUACCUCGACAUGAUCUUUUCAUCAAACGAUGACUGGGACCUGGAAAGUUUGACAGGCUGUGACAGGGAGUUGUUUAUGCGAUUGGCUGGACUGGGAAGAAUCAACAUGUUGAGUCAGAUGCCAACGGUUGCCAGUGACAGCCAUGGCAGAAAUAUGGAAGAGGAUGAUGGGAUCACCGAGCCUUUCAGAGAUGAGAAUGAUGGAAGAGAUGAAUUUUGGUUGGCCUGGAACGCUAUAAAGAAAGAUCUUUGCGAAUGGAGACCCACAGCUAUCUAUGCAGCCACACCCUCACGCCACUCGUCAAAAGAAGCCAGCCCCUCAAGGCCUUUGGAAGUACCGAUUCCUUCACCCACUUCAUCCAGUUACUCAAUGUCCCCACCACCACCACCAUCGGCUGGAAGUCCGAGAAGAAAGUCAUCUAAGGCACACGAAGCUGUCGAGAUUAAUCAUUGGCUGCAUGCGUCUAAUGUUUACCGCUACGCAGCCAUUUUGUAUAUCGAUCGACUUGCCUAUCCACAUCUCCCUUCGUCGCACUCUAUAUUUCAAAAUACAGUCAGAGAGGUUCUUGAUCAUGUCAACUGCAUCUCUAACUCUAGGCUUGGUCACAGACUCCUCUGGCCUCUUUUUAUCACUGGAACAGAGUGUGUCGUAGAUGCUCAUAGAAACAUGAUCAGGGAACGAUGUGUGGAGAUGCAGCGUGAAUGUGGUUUCUUCAACAAAGUUUCUGGUCUUGAUGUGUUAGAGAAAAUAUGGAGAGAAGAUAUCAUUGAGGAGGACCGAGGUCAUCAGGGAAAUGGAAUGUUUGCUGGAGCAAAGAGAAUGGGGAAUAUCAGCCCGAGUGUGGGCGGGAGAGGUUUGAGGUGGAGGAAGGUCACGGGUCACGAGGAUGCUGAGUAUUUGAUGAUAUAA